GUGAAUGUCAGUAGGACGGUAAAUAGGGCAUUUUAAUUCAAGAGAGAGAAAAAAAAUAAAGUGUACCUAACUUCUCUUGUAGAUUAUUCAUCUUGAUAUUCGCCUGACACAGGAUGUAAUGUGAAUGGUUUGGUUUCACGUCUUGUCCGCCUGAGUGUGUGGAUUACGAACCUUUAGAAGUUGCAGUUCGGAAGUCUCACAGUGUUUGUGAACAUGAUUUGUGCUUUUCUACGAGUUGUUCGGCAUGCGGAGAAGCUGCACGGGUCGUUGGGCAGGCAGUUGUUGUUGCCACACUUUGUACUCACCAAAGCUUGCUUGAAAACCCAGCCUUUGAGAUGGGGGCUGCGAGAGCAGAAGAAAACAGUGCAACCUAGAACUGUCCUUGGGUUCACCCAGAAAACCUUCUGGACACAAGGACCGGACCCCCGGAAAGCAAAGGAGGACAGUAGCAAGCAAGUGUCUAUUAACAGGAAUCAAAGAGAGGAAACCGGUGUCUCAACAUCUCAGAAAGUGAAAGAAGCCGGGAGAGACGUCACCUACCUGAUAGUGGUGCUCUUUGGAGUCAGCAUUACAGGCAGCUUGUUAUAUACGAUCUUCAAAGAACUGUUUUCCUCAUCCAGUCCUAACAUCAUCUAUGGGAAAGCCUUAGGGAAAUGCAGAACACACCCUGAGGUGAUCAGUGUCUUUGGCGAGCCUGUGAAAGGCUAUGGGGAAAUGUCGAGACGUGGGCGGAGACAACAUGUCAGCUUUACUGAAUAUGCAAACAACGGGCUAAAGCGCAUCCGUGUGAAGUUCUAUAUCGAGGGCUCUGAGCCAGGGAAGCAAGGAACGGUACACGCAGAAGUGGAAGAGAACCCGAGGAGUGGCCAGUUUGAUUUUCGAUAUAUAUUUGUGGACGUGGCUCCUAAAAGAUCUAUUGUUGUUGAAGAUAACCGUUUCCAACAAAGUUAAAAGCCUCAAGCCAGUGCAGUGCUUCCUGCCGAGAAUGAAGGGAUCCGUUCUCACUGCGAUCCUCACAACUCUCUUCCAGAAUUUGUUCAAAAAAACAAGAAUAAAGUAUGUCACAUGGAAAGGAGGUGCAAUGUGAGUGAGUGUUCAUGAGUUUGGAGAAGCAGAUCUUUCUUGUGAAAAAUCAUGAGAUGUAGCAAAUUCUAUAUUAUCCUUGACUUGCCGAUCAUGACCGUAUUUCAGCUCUACAUUCAUGGUAAACCUUUGUUACUAAAAUUUAUACACCACAUAAGUAAAACCUUCAAUAUUUUAUGCUAUUUAAUAUUGUAUGGCUUUUAUAUAAUCAACAGAAUAAAGAUUAAACUAACAAAAA